AUGGCGGCAUCGCUGCUUCUCAGGAAUGCUCCGCUCCUGCGACUCCGCCUCCAAUACCAUUGCCUCGCCUUCGCUACUCUUCCGCCGCUGCGCCGGGCGUGGUGCUCUACCGCUGCCGAUUCGACCCGACUCGACGACGAGGUCUCCGCCGCGGAAAAGACUAGCGACCUCUCGAGAGCUCCAGACCGGACCAAAUACUUCAGCGUCCAUGAUCCUGAUUACCGGAAGUGGAAAGAAAAGGAGGACGAGAUUUUGGCCGACAUCUCACCCAUAACUUAUCUUGUGAAAGACAUUCUUCACUCGGACAGAUAUAUGGAUGGAGGGCAGCUGGAUGCUGAAGACGAGAAGGCUGUGGUGGAGAAACUACUCGCUUAUCAUCCGAAUUCCGAAGACAAAAUUGGAUGUGGGCUCGAUUCGAUUAUGGUAAGUUUUUUUGUGUGCUUGAUUCUCUCCAUCAUAAUCUCUGAGGCAUUACAUUGUCUGCAUUAUACAAAGGAUAGAAACUGCACUAUCUUCAGAACUUAG